ACUAAACUGCUGGUGGACGCAGCCCUGGCGCAGGAGGUGCAGACGGAGAACAUGACAGUGGUGGAGGGUGGUGUGGCCGAGAUCAACUGCCGGCUGCACCGAUACGAUGGCUCCAUCGUGGUGAUCCAGAACCCAGCCCGGCAGACGCUCUUCUUCAACGGCACGCGUGCGCUGAAGGACGACCGGUUCCAGCUGGUGGAGUUCACCCAGAGGCAGGUGCGGAUCCUGCUGUCUGAGGUCCGGCUGGAGGACGAGGGCGGCUACUUCUGCCAGCUCUACACCGACGACACGCACCACCAGAUCGCCUCGCUCACCGUGCUGGUGGCCCCCGAGAACCCGACGGUGGAGGUGAAGGAGCAGGCGGUGGAGGGCGGGGAGGUUGAGCUGACGUGCGUCGUGCCCCGGUCGCGCCCCGCGGCCACCCUGCGCUGGUACCGGGACCGGCGGGAGCUGCGAGGGCUCAGCAGCCGGGAGCAGCUGGGGAAGGUUUUCCGGGUCAGCACAUCGGUGAGGCUGCGGGUCGAGCGCCGGGACCACGGCACCAUCGUGACGUGCGAAGCCACGCACCCCGCCCUGCGCGGGCAGCGGAAGCAGACGCAGUACGUGCUAGACGUGCAGUACUCGCCCACGGCGCGGAUCCAGCCCAGCCAGGCCGUGCUGCGUGAGGGUGACACCCUGCUCCUCACCUGCGUCGUCAACGGCAACCCGCUCCCCCAUGAGAUCACGUGGAGCCGGGCGAACGACUCGCUGCCUGAGCGGGCACAGAUCGAGGGCGCGGAGCUGACGCUGCCGGUGCUGGGCCCGGGCGACAACGGCACCUACGCCUGCCACGCGGCCAACAAACACGGGCGCGCCUCCGACCAGUAUGUGCUGGUGGUGUACGACCCCGGGGCCAUUGUGGAGGCCCAGACCUCGGUGCCCUAUGCCAUUGUGGGCGGCAUCCUUGCCCUGCUGGUCUUCAGCAUCAUCUGCGUCCUGAUCGGCAUGGUGUGGUGCUCCAUCCGGCAGAAAGGUUCGUACCUGACGCACGAGGCCAGCGGGCUGGACGAGCACGGGGAGGCGCGGGAGGCGUUUCUCAACGGCGGGGACGGCCACAAGCGCAAGGAGGAAUUCUUCAUCUGAGCCGGGGGCGGAGCCGGGGGCGGAGCCAGGGGAGUUUGGACCAGCCCAUCGAGCAGCGGCCGAACCACGCGAUUGGGGGGCUGGUUUAAUUUUUGAAACCAAGGCCCAUGUGCCAGCAGCCUAGGGUUCAAGCCCCGCCCCUGGACUGUGAGGCCCCGCCCCUCUGCAGUAAGACCACACCCUUGGGCUGAGGCCCUGCCCACCCGUGAAAGUCUCCCCUCCAGGGACCCCGGCUGGGGGGACAGGCAGAGGAGGGGGCUGAGGGAGUGAAGCAGGGGGUUCUGGCCUCACCCACAAUACAAUUGGGGGGACUACACCCCUCUGAUGGGGCAGGGCUCCAGGGAGGUGGGGUGGAGACCCUGGGGUGCUUUUGGAAACAGCUUAACUGGGUCUUGAGUGGAUGGGCCUGCUGGGGCCCGGACCCCUGGCUUCUCUCCCCAGCUCCAGGAGGGUGGUGGGGGUUACUGGAGUGGAGGGGGUGGCUGGGAACCAGGACUCCUGGGUUCCAUCCAGGGCUCCCGAAUCCCUGCUGGGGGCCUUAAAAGCAGGUUGGACUCUUUAAAGCCAUGAUUGGGGGGUGGGAGGGUGUCUCUGUCCAUCAGUGUCUGUCCGUCCUCGUCAUGUGACGUCCUCACCAAGCACAAGAGCCUGAGAUGGGGCCGGAGGGGGGGGGGCAUCUUCCCCCACCCCCAGGAACUCCCCUGCCAGGGGGCACCUGUGGGCCCAGAGGGGGUGAAUGGGGCAAAUUCAGAUUUCACCCUCCUGCCCCCACAAUGCACCAGCCCCUCAGAUGCCCCCAGCAUGGGGGGUGCUGUGGUGGUGGGGCUCACUCACCCCCCCCUCGUAGUUAGUGCCACCCCCCACCCCAGGCAUUAGAGAAGCCAGACCCUGAACUCCCUCGCCCCCCGCCUGCCCCUCUGUUAAACUGGGCAAGAGCUUCCCCGUCACGGCCUGCUGGAGAGCGGGGACCCCUCCUCCCCCUCCCAGCACCGGGCAAGGGGUCCCCCCAUAACCCACCCCACUCCAGAGGGGCCAUGUCCUGUGCCGGGCGAGGGGUCCUCCCAUAACCCGUUCCACCACAGAGGGGCCGCAUCUCCAGUGUGGGUAUCUCCUCCCUGAUCCCCUCUGACCCCCCCACUUCCUUGACUGCCCCCAGCCCCUCCUUUGUCCAGAAGAACCCCCCCCAGUGGGUCCCAGCCCCAUCUCUGGCUCAAGGUUAUUUUCUAGCGUGUGUCGGGGGAGGGGAGAGGGGAAACGAAUGGGAGAUUAAUAUAUAACCGGGGUGCAGAGAGGGGGCUCUGUGUGUGGGGGGGGGCCAGGCCCUCCCCACCCUGAGACUGUUCCCCCACCCCCACCGCCUGAACGUUAAUAUAUAUGUAAAUAUCUGUCGCCUUUUAACCGCCUUUGAUACUUCAAUAAACUCCCCGAUUAAUUCUUUUAACCCGAGUGGGGGCAGAGACCUGG